GGCUCGAGCAUCGGGAGCUCGCGGCCAGCCGGUGCCGAAGCCCGCGAGAGGAGACGAUGCGCAAACAGUCUACCCCCGAGGCGGUCGCCUGGGGCUAUAGCAAGGAAAACGGGCCUGAUCGCUGGCAUGAAUAUUACCCAAUAGCAAAAGGGAACAAUCAGUCACCUGUUGCAAUUCUGAGCAAAGAUGCCUUCAAGGACCCUGCUCUCCUGCCUUGGUUUACUGGCUAUGACCCGGGCGCAUCUAAGAACAUGAGAAACACUGGGAAGUCAUUGCGGAUUGCAUUUGAUGACACCUUUGAUCGCUCAGUACUGAGGGGAGGACCACUGCCGGGGAUUUACAGGCUCCGCCAGCUUCACAUCCACUGGGGUUCUACGAAUGACAAAGGUUCAGAGCAUGUGGUGGAUGCGAAAAGGCAUGCAGGAGAGAUUCAUUUGGUACACUGGUAUUCCCAGUAUAGUAAUUAUGCUGAUGCUUUGAGAAAACCCGAUGGUGUAGCUACUGUAGCCAUUCUAAUGCAAGUAGGGAAAACCCCUAAACCAGAGAUGAAAAGAAUUAUUGAAGAAAUAGAUGGUAUUAAAACAAAGGGAAAAGAGAUUCCUUUUCAAAACUUUGAUCCUUCUAUCCUCUUCCCUGAUAAUCGAAGUUACUUUACUUAUCAAGGCUCUUUUACAACGCCUCCUUGUGACGAGUGUGUUACCUGGAUUCUUUUCAAAGAGCCUAUAAUUGUUGAUGAGCACCAGAUGUUAAAGCUGCGUAGCCUUUCUAGCAAUAGCGCAGAAGAACCUCAUUGCCCUUUAGUGGACAACUGGCGGCCUCUUCAGCCUCUCAAUAACAGGAUGAUACGAUCAACAUGUCAAUAGAAUCUUUACUGGAGUUGCUGUCUUGAGUCACCAAGACCUAAGGUUUUACCCUCAAGUUGUAUAUAGGUUGUUCUUCCUCUGGAUCUAUGCUGUUGAGCCAGAAAUGUUAAGCAAUGAAGCAGAACAAGUUACUAAAUGAAUCGAACUUCUGGAGGAGGAAAAAAAUAAUUAUAACAAAACUUUAAUUUCUAUAUUGAUAUGCUGGACCUCCCUCUUCAGAUGUCAUGAUCUUACAGAGAUUGAGUAGCAGGUAUCAGAUGCUUCCUUGCUCAGUCUUACUCAUCUGGCUGCUCCUGCCAACAGAAGUGGCUAAAUCAGUGUUUCUCAACCUCGGCCACUUGAAGACAUGUGGACUUAAACUCCCAGAAUUCCCCAGCCAGCAUAGCAUAACUGUCUGGGGAAUUCUGGGAGCUGAAGUCCACAUGUCUUCAAGUGGCCGAGGUUGAGAAACACUGGGCUAAACUGUUUUCUGCAACCAGGUGGCUUUUCCAUGUGGGGGGACUGCAGCUAACAGACAUCUCAGAAUUGCAGUUAUAAUGUGUCUAAGAAGCCAGAAUGAAAAACCAGGGCUUGUUCUUAGCUUCAGAUUCUGGGUUAUGAGUAUUGCAGAAUGCCAG